ACCGUUCCUAUUAAUCCUAAACCCUUCUUAAAUGGUCUUACUGGCAAGCCAGUACUAGUCAAAUUGAAAUGGGGUAUGGAUUAUAAAGGCUUCCUGGUUUCUGUAGAUAAUUACAUGAAUUUACAGUUGGCAAAUACAGAAGAGUAUGUGGAAGGAGCACUUACAGGCAACUUGGGCGAGGUUUUGAUCAGAUGUAAUAAUGUUUUAUAUGUGCGUGAAAUCGACGAAGAAGAUGGAGAAGCUUAA